CUCCCGCAACCACAUCGCCGCCGCCACCACCCGCCUCCCCACUCGGACGAACCCCUCUCCUCUUCCCCCGCCUCGCCUCUCUCCCUUCCCCCGUCCAAACCCUAGGCCCGCGCCCGCCGGCCGCCGCCGCCGCCGCUCGCCCAGGCCAUCCUCCCGCUGUGAAGGAAGCGGCCAGAGAGGAAGGGCGUCGCCAGGUGUGCAUGUGCCUCCGCGGAUUCGUGCCACGAUUGCCGGAGGCGUGGGCGCCACGGGUCACCUCUCCAGAUCGAUGGAGGCCAAGGGCAAGGGCAAGGAGGAGGGGAGAAGAAGACCUUCGGCCAGCUGCGGGAAGCCGCCGCUGGCGUCCUCCGCGGCAUCCACCGGCGCCGGUGGCGAGCAGAAGCGCAAGUGCCACGACCACACGCACUCCGAGAACGUCGCCGGUGGAAAGUACGGCGCCUCCGGUGGCCGCUGCCACUGCUCCAAGCGCAGGAAGUCCCGGGUUCGGCGGAUGACUCGUGUGCCGGCAAUCAGCUCGAAGGCGGCGAAGAUCCCCGCGGACGACUUCUCGUGGCGCAAGUACGGGCAGAAGCUGCCUGUGGAGAAUGCCCUGGACUCAGCAGUUGACGUAACUCGGUUGAGCUGCGGUGCACUAUAUUUAGCUGAUUUUAUUGGGAAGUGUAAGCAGACCCUUGAGCAAGAGAGCAACAUUACUGCUAGCUUCCCUGCUGCAUUACAGGAGAUGGAUACGAAGUCCUCGGAGGAGGAAUACAAAGCUCUACAAGGUGAUGGAGCUGGAGAUGUGUAUUUCCAGUCUCUUGAAGAACGAAUCAUUAAUAUGAAGAUUUUGCAGGGAUGUAUAUAUAUGGUCAUGUUUCACUGGGAUCCUCAACUGUUCCAGUUCGUAUUUAGCAGGAUCACAUGUUGACCAAUGACUCAAAUUAAUUUUCUCACUGAUCCAGUUAACUCAAGAACUUGUGACCCAGUUCUAGGACAACUGUGGACUAAGGGUGCUCAAGGGGUUCGGUCAAGUCGGAUGCCAGGCGGUGGCGCUUGAUGCGGCGCUCCCCGCGUCGCCGCUGCUCAUUCGCGGCUCCUCCUCCUCCCCAACGGAUCGCGACUGAACCUUCCUCGUGCCAGCACCUCGUGGCCAUGAAGGGUGGCUGAGCCAUCAGGAGCGGCGGCGGCGGCCUGCUGCGGAUGCUGCUGCGGCUCCCUCCUCUUCCUCGCCGGCUUCUACCUGCUUUGUGCCGACGCCAUGUACAUCGUGUCAUCCCGGUGCUUCUGCUUUCCCGGGUCGCAACUCUUUGGUGUGCUCGACAAGGCCAGGACACACAUUCUGGAGAGCUCCUUGGUCAGUCCAUCACGAGAACCGGCAGCUACCGGAUUCCUUUUGUGCUGCUGGAAAGGAGGCACAUUGUUCCCAUGCUCGUGCUCUAUGGGUAGAAGCUGCAAAUUUUGGAGGUAUCAGACGAGGGUAUUCGAAGACACCAUGAAUGGCAGCAGACUCUACCGCUUCCAUUACAAUGGUAUUCGAAAAAGAUACCACCUUGUGGCCUUUCCUGUUUCCUGUGACUACGACUUCCAACUCUUUAACUGGGAUGGUGUCAAAAGAAAUUCUGUAACUGGAACACAAUAAAAUAAAUUGGUACAACUAUAUGGAUUCCUUGGUAAGCUCAUGAUUCAUCUGGCUAAGCAGUCUUAGUAGACUGCCAAUGUUGUGUUAUUAAGAUGCAGGUUUCAAUAACCUUCAUGUUUGCGGCUAAAAUAAUGUAGUUAUCUCGGUAGUCUAGGUAGAUUGAAAUAAUUGUUUAUCCUUGAAGCAAAUCAACUAAACAACUGCCAGUAGAUGAUGAGGUGCCUUCUGCAAACAAAAAAGCUAAGCUCUAAGCGAGUAUUUUUAGGCGACCUAUCUUUUUCGGUGAUUUGUUUAAUCCUUCGUCUGCUCAAUUGAUGUGAACCACAAACCUUGCUCUGCUAAAUUGAUGUGAACCACAAUCCUUGCUCUGCUCAAUUGAUCUUCCCAGCAAAUCAAUGAACAUCUGCCCACAGGGACACAGUCAAAGGUGCGCCUGUCAACUUAAUGGUUUUCAUCCAUAGUGCUUUGCCAUUAGUUUUAUUUUUAUUGUUUUUCUCAUUUUCCACUGUUGCCCAUUCUUUCUAGCACCAGUAUAUACAUCAUGAUUUUCUUUUUAUGUAAUUGUUAUUUAUACUUGAAGCAAGGUAUCUGAAGACCUGAUGGGAAAUGAGGAGGUGCCCUUUGCAACUAAAAAGACUAAGUUGGAGACCAAGUGCCUUUAGGCAACGCGCCCUUUUGGAUCGUAGCGUAUUAGUUGCGGAUGUGCAGAAAAUGCUGAUUUAGCGGAUGGAUUGCCUUUUCCAUCUGGGGUCGCUUUUGUUGCGACCUGUCGCUUAUAAUAGAGUGAUCCGUUUUGCUGAUCCUGGCCAAGUGGAGUCUACUGUCUGUCAAUGUCCAAAUGCUGCAGUCAGUAGUUAGUGUGACAUGGAUCUUGACUAAUGUAUCCCAUCAGUUUAGCCGUGUGUUGCUAGCUGAUGUGAAAGUAUGUGUGAUUACCAUACUUAUUAUGAUUAUGGAUGUUGCUACAUGUUUCAUUAGCUAAAUUUUACCUACGCAUUCUGCCUGUGGAUGCCA